AUGACCUUUUUUACCUCUUCUCAUUCUUACAACACUCUCUCUAAGUUUCUGUACCGAUACUCGUUUCAACUGCUAACGCAAUGGCUAUGGAGGUAAAAUUGAUAGCUUUGAUCAUGCCGCUCAUUGCUGUAAUAUGUUCAACCGGAGCUGGAGUCGUGGCCGCAGUGUCACCACAGUUCACAGCAAUUUUUGCAUUUGGCGAUUCGUUGUCUGAUCCGGGGAACAACAAUUACUUGAACUCGUUAGCAAAGGCCAACUACGUGCCUUAUGGGGUCGACUUCUAUCAAGGGCCGUCUGGCAGAUUUUGCAAUGGCAAAACAGCUGUGGAUUACCUCGGAGAUAUGCUGGGAAUGCCUCUACUACCAGCUUACACGACUACUUUUGCUGCCGGGAGAAACAUUCUUAAGGGAGUGAACUAUGCUUCGGCUGCAGGAGGGAUUCUUGAAGAGACAGGACAGAAUCUUGGUGAAAGAUUCAGCUUGUCCGGACAAGUUGAAAACUUUGAGAGCACGUUGAAUCAGCUACGGAGACAAAUGGAAGAUGAAGAAUUGAGCAAUUAUUUGGCUAAGGCACUGGCCAUAAUGGCCCUUGGCAGCAAUGACUACAUCAAUAAUUAUCUUAGUCCUAACUUUUAUACCAGCAGCUACUUCUACACCCCUAAAGACUAUGCUGAUCUUCUCAUUAAUCGGUACACCAGACAAAUUCUGGCCCUUCACAGCUUAGGAUUCAGAAAGUUUCUUCUGGCAGGGAUCGGUCCGCUUGGUUGCAUCCCUAAUCAGCUAGCCACCGGCCUUCCUCCACCAGGGAAGUGCGUGGCCUACACAAACGAUGUCGUUGGGAUGUUCAACAACCGUCUCGUCUCUCUUGUGGAUCAGCUGAACAGCAACUACAAUGGCUCUAUUUUUGCCUAUGGCAACACCUUUGGAGCAGUCAUGGACAUAAUUAACAAUGCCAAGACUUAUGGAUUUAGUGUAACAGACAGAGGCUGUUGUGGGAUCGGACGGAAUCGAGGGCAGAUAACAUGCCUUCCAUUUUCCAUGCCGUGCAGCAACAGGAACCAAUAUGUGUUCUGGGAUGCUUUUCAUCCAACACAAGCAGUAAAUCAAAUUCUCGCCCGACGAGCUUAUUCAGGCACCCCAUCGGAUUGCUAUCCAGUUAAUGUACAACAGAUGGCACUAAUGUAGACUGUUGUCUAUUACUUUACUUAUGUUUCUGUAAUAAAAAACAUAACAUGUCCAAGAAUGCAUGAAUAAACAAGCGUUUAUGUAUAUGUCGAUACAUAAUAGACGGUGCAAUCUUUCAUACGUUCCAUGGAUG